AUGGGUCUCAAGUUCCGAGGAGGUCUCAUUGGCCUUAGAAACAUUGGCAGUGGUGUGGAAGUUGUUCAAAGCAAACAGAACGAUCCCGAGCAGCAGCAGCAGCAAGACGCCUCCGGCAAAGAGCUCGACCCGAUCGUAGACACCACCGAUGCCGCCGCCCCUUCAACGCAUUCGGUCGAGGGAAAAAAGGAACUGCAGUUUGGGGUGCAGGCCGCAGAAGCCACACUCCAGGUAUGGUCUAAGAAUCAUUUGAUCACUGCCUAUAUCUUUAUGUGGCUGAUCAACUUCAUCAAUGCUUUCACAUCUGGUGUUGCUGGUACUCUGACCACCUACGCAGUCAGUGAAUUUUCCAUGCACUCGUUGGUUUCCACUACGAGUAUCUUGGCCGGUCUCAUUCCCGGUCUUACCAAACUCGCGUUUGCCAAGUUCAUCGACAACUUUGGACGGCCUCAGGGUUUCAUGCUUGCCGUUGGUGUCAUGACUCUUGGCUUGAUUAUGCUCGCCGCCUGCAACAACGUCGAGACUUAUUGCGCCGCCGCCGUCUUCUACUACACUGGCUACUCCUGGAUUGAUUUCUCAAUCACAAUCUUCAUCGCCGAUACAUCCAAGCUCAGGAACCGGGCAUUCUCGAUCGCUUACGUCUCAUCCCCGUGGCUCAUCACUACCUGGGUGUAUGGUCUUGCCUGCGAUAGGAUCACUGCUGAUGGUGGCAUCGGCUGGCGUUGGGGAUACGGUACCCUUGCCAUCGUUGUUCCUAUCAUCUGUGCUCCUCUUUGGGCUCUGUUCUACUUCAAUCAGCGCAAGGCCAUCAAAAUGGGACUCGUCCACACUAAGCCCCAUGAUCGUGGCGUUCUUCAGAACAUUGUCUUCUACGGAAGGGAGUUCGAUAUAAUCGGUAUCCUUCUCGCUGCCGUCGGCUUUGGCCUAUUUCUGCUGUCGUUCAGCUUGUACGCGUAUCAGACGGACCAGUGGCGCUCCUCCUUGAUCAUCUGCUUCUUCGUUUUUGGUGGUCUUCUGAUUAUCACCUUUGUCCUCUGGGAGAGGUUCCUCGCCCCUGUCACAUUUGUCCCCUGGUCCCUGAUCAAGAAUCGCACCGUCUUCUUCACCUAUACUAUGGUGGCCUCACUUUACACUGCCUGGUACUUGUGGGACAACUACUUCUACUCUUUCUGCAUUGUUGUCUUCAAUCUGAGCGUGACAAACGCUACCUACAUGGGCAACGUCUACACCAUAGGAAGUGUCUUUUGGGCCCUCCUCUUCGGUCUUUUCAUCCGUUACAAUGGUCGCAUCAAAUGGCCUGCCGUAUAUUUCGGCGUUCCCAUGACCAUCCUCGGUGUCGGCUUGAUGAUUCAUUUCCGUCAGCCGAAUGUCAACGUUGGUUACGUCGUCAUGUGCUUGAUCUUCAUCGCAUUCGGCGGCGGUACGCUCGUAAUCUGCGAGCAGAUGACUGUUAUGGCAGUCUCAAAGCAUGAGGACAUUCCUGCUGUUAUUGCUAUGGAGGGCAUGGUAGCUAAUAUGGGACAAGCUAUCGGAUCGACUGUGGCCGCAGCUAUGUGGACUGGUAUCUUCCCCGAGAAGCUUGCCCAAUAUCUUCCCGCUGAUGCUCAGUCGUCCUUGACUGAGAUCUAUGGUAGCAUUGAUGUCCAGUCCUCGUAUCCGAUUGGCAGUGCCACUCGUACCGGUAUUAUGAACGCCUAUGGGGCGACCCAAAAGUUGAUGCUGAUCACCGCUGCUUGCCUUUAUACCAUCACUUGGGCCAGCACCUUCAUGUGGGAAAGCAUCAACGUCAAGGAGAUUAAGCAGUUCAGCGGUACUAUUAUGUGGUAA